AUGCUAACCACCACAGCGCUUCCAUCUGCCAGCCCCUCCUGUCUCACUGUGCCCAACGUCUGUAAUCUGAUUAAGCAGCGACUGGCCGACCGGGGCGCCGUCGUGAGCCACGGUCCACGCCGCGGUCCUCUGCAUCUGCGUCAUGUGGAGAAGCAUGUGCACGCUGCAACAUGGAUUAAAGAGGCAGGGGAGUUUGGGAGCCAUGAACAUGUAGCUUCCACAACCUUCAUUGGAUUCAUAUCAGCCGUGGCUAUGGUCAUGGAGCUAAAACUUCAAACUUGA